CCCUGUCAUGGGAACUCAGCGGGCCACAGAACAAAGAGCUUUCGCUGUGUGAACUCACUGCACACAAUGACCUCGUCUCUCUGGAUAUGCUGUGCGCCGAUUGGCCCAGAACCGCUCGAAUGAUCGGCUCGGACUUUACACUGAAUUAGAGGUUGAACGAGCCUCUUAUCAAGGGGGACUCAAGUGUGUGGAUGUGCGCUCAUUAAAAUUGAGCUGAGCGGAGUCAAACCCAGUUGUGGUGUUGCGUGGACGUGGACGUGGAGACGAGGACAGAUCUGCAGGUGUCAGACUCUGGUGGAAGAGCUUAACCACAACUGCAGGCACUUCAGUGCACACGUGGAUCAACACAGGAACAGCAGGGAGGAGAGGAUGAGAAACGGAGGUCAGCUGACAAAGCCUGGAGAGCUAUGCAACGGACAAGCUGGAGCUGUGUACACCUGGAAGGAGGUGCAGAGCCACAGCAGCAAGAAUGACCAGUGGCUGGUUAUAGAUCGAAAGGUUUACAACACCACUCAGUGGUCAAAAAGACAUCCAGGAGGGUUUCGUGUCAUCACUCACUAUGCUGGACAGGACGCCACGGAGGCAUUUGCUGCUUUUCAUCCAGAUGCCAAAUUUGUGCACAAGUUUCUGAAGCCUCUGCUGAUUGGAGAGCUGGCACCAUCAGAGCCCAGCCAUGACGGAAACAAAAAUGCAGGAUUAAUACAGGACUUUCACGCGUUACGUGCUCAGGUGGAGAGCCAGGGUCUGUUUCAAGCUCAGCCUUUGUUCUUCUUCCUCCACCUCGGUCACAUUGUGCUGCUAGAGGCCCUCGCCUGGCUGAUGAUAUGGCUUUGGGGAAGCAACUGGAUACUGACCAUCCUCUGUGCAGUCCUACUGGCAACUGCUCAGUCACAGGCUGGGUGGCUGCAGCAUGACUUUGGCCACCUGUCUGUCUUCAAGAAGUCCCGCUGGAAUCAUCUAGUGCACAAGCUUGUCAUCGGUCAUUUAAAGGGAGCUUCUGCCAACUGGUGGAAUCAUCGACAUUUCCAGCACCACGCUAAACCCAACGUCUUCAAAAAGGACCCUGAUAUCAACUUGAUGGACGUCUUUGUACUUGGUACCACACAGCCUGUUGAGUACGGUGUAAAAAAGAUUAAAAACAUGCCCUACCAGCAUCAACACCAGUACUUCUUUCUUGUGGGACCUCCUCUGCUCAUUCCAGUUUUCUACAACUUUAACAUCAUGUACACCAUGCUCUCCCGCCGUGACUGGGUGGAUCUGUCCUGGGCCAUGACGUAUUAUCUUCGCUACUUCUACUGUUACGUACCCCUGUUCGGUGUGUUUGGUUCACUGGCUCUCAUGACCUUUGUCAGGUUUUUGGAGAGUCACUGGUUCGUGUGGGUGACUCAGAUGAAUCAUCUGCCGAUGGACAUUGACUACGAGAAGCACCAGGACUGGUUAACCAUGCAGCUGCAAGCCACCUGCAACAUCGAGCAGUCCUCCUUCAACGACUGGUUUAGCGGACACCUCAACUUUCAAAUCGAACAUCAUCUGUUUCCUAGGAUGCCUCGCCACAACUAUUCACUGGUGGCCCCGCAGGUCCGUGCACUCUGUGAAAAACAUGGUAUGUCCUACCAGGUGAAAACAAUGUGGCAAGGCUUUGCUGACAUAGUCAAGUCACUGAAAGCCUCUGGAGACCUCUGGCUGGAUGCAUAUCUCCAUAAAUGAUAUUUCCCUCCCACACACACACACAUACAUGUAAUGUCUUCUUCGAAUUGAUUGUUUUGUUUUAUGAUCCAGUGAAAUGUUGAAAUAAUCAUUCUUUCUUUUUUUCUCUGUUGGUGUUAGUGCCUAAUGUCUUUCUUUUCUUUUUUUUGUUUAGUUUUCAUAGCCUUCAUACUUAGUAUCAUGGUGUAAUAAAAACAGUAAGUGAAAUGAUAGGGAGCUAUGUGAAGCAGUGUUUUCCUGUAUCUAUUAUAUGAUACUGAUUGAUCAAUAAAACAUGAUGAUUCCAGAGACAAA